AUGGAUUACAUUUCCUACAGUGGCGUCCCGAGGUUCUUGACGAGGCCCAAAGCCUUCGUGGUCUCCAUGGGCAAAGAUGCCACCCUGAGCUGCCAGAUCAUUGGCAACCCCAUCCCGCUGGUGAGCUGGGAGAAGGACAAACUCCCCAUCCAGACAGGAGGACGCUUCAAGAUGGUGGAAGACGAUGACCUUUAUCGUCUCACCAUCUACAACCUGAGCUUGGAGGACAGCGGUCAGUACAUCUGCCGGGCCAAGAACACCAUUGGAGAAGCCUUUGCCGCCGUCAGCAUCAAAGUUGGCGAGCAGACCACCGUGACGGAAUCGGCCCCCUACUUCAUCCAGAAGCCCACAUCCAUCCGAGUGAUUAUGGGUGAAGAUGCCAUGUUCAAGUGCAUUGUCCAAGGUAGCCCUCCCCUCGCCAUCAAUUGGGAGAAGGACGGGAAGCAUCUGGGCAAAUCAUCUGACUCCAACCGGAUCCGGAUUGAAACCCAGGGUGAGAAGAACGCUCUGAAGAUCCAAAGUACUCGUUUGGGAGAUAGCGGAACCUACACUUGCCGUGCAGAGAAUCCUUUAGGAUCCUCCAGCGCGGCCGCUGCGUUGCUGGUAGAUCUCCCAGAUUCGUACAGCCCAGGCAGCACCAGACACAGUAUAGAUGACAUUGGUAGCAAGACAUCUCCGUUGUUGUCCCACAUGCAGAAAAGGCGAGAAGAAAUCCGGAAGAGCGAUUUGCCCAACGGACUCCGAAGCGAUGGAGGUUCAUAUUAUCGGGUCACCACCCGGAGUUUCACUGUCACUGAGGGCAAGCAUGCCAAAAUGAGUUGCUACGUAACUGGAGAACCAAAACCGGAGACGGUUUGGAAGAAGGAUGGAGAGGUGAUCCUGGAGAGCCGGAGACACAUAAUUUACGAGGACGAGCAAGAGAAUUUUGUCUUGAAGAUCCUCUUCUGCAAACAGGUCGAUAAUGGCCUCUACACCUGCACAGCUUCAAAUUUGGCGGGUCAGACCUACAGUUCUGUGUUGGUAACUGUCAAAGAACCCAGAAUACCUUUCAAGACAAAACUCCAAGAUUUGGAAGUUCGGGAGAAGGACUCCGCGAUUUUCUUGUGUGAAGUGCCCCGUUCUGACGUGGAGACCACUUGGUUCAAAGAGGAGACCAGACUUCAACAGAAUGACAAGUACAAGAUUGAAGAAGAUGGGCUAUGCCGCAAACUCACAAUCCAAAAUGUCACCAUGGAUGAUGAUGCUGUCUACAUUUGCGAGAUGAAGGAAGGCAGCAGAACCAUCGCUGAGUUGAGCGUUCAAGAACCUACCCUGGCAGUAAAAACCCCUCUGAGAAACGUUGAAGUUGCACCAGGGAGAGAUGCAACCUUCACUGUGGACCUCACCACCCCUAGUCCCGGCUCGUGGUACAUCAAUGGCAAUCUUGUGCAGAACAGUGACAAAUACAUAAUUACGAGAACCAAAGCCAGCCACAGUUUAAUCCUUAAGCGGGUCACCAGUGCUUUCAAGGAUGCGGAGGUGAAGUUUGUAGCCAAGGAUAUUGAAAGCAUUGGAAGAGUUACCUUGAAAGAUGAAGUGGCCACAUUUGUCAAUGACUCAGCCCCUGGGAUUUCGGUCAACCUUCAUGAGAGGUUUGAGCUGGUUUGUGAGGUGUCCUUGGCCACUGAUGCGGUCCUGUGGAAAAAGGGGAAGAAGGACAUCAAGCCAGAUCAAAGGGUGACAUUUUCCGUUCAGGGAAAACAGAGAAAACUGAUUGUCCAAAACGCCAUCAAGGAAGACGAAGGGGUUUAUAGCUGCGAAUCAAAAGAUGACCAACUAACCUUCCAGGUUGAGGUCAAAGAGCCUGCAGAGGUCUUUUUUGACAAGGAGAAAGUCCAGAAAGAAAUCAGAGCUAUUCUUUCCGAAAACGCCUUUCUCAGCUGUGAAAUAGCCCAGCCUGCGAUGGAAGUGAGAUGGUUCAAGGAUGGGAAACUCAUCAUCCCAAGCAAGAAAUUCAAGAUUGAAACAGAAGGGAAAUCUCGCUGGCUGAUUAUCCGACAAGUUGACAGGAAGGAUGGAGGUCAAUACACCUGUGAAGCAGAUGGCCAGAAACUGGCCUUCAAAGUGAUUGUAACAGGUAAAAACCUUGAGUGCAUGGGAUUAUCCCAUCAUCUGGUUGUCCAGCAGGUGGAGAAGAAAGAUGCAGGUGAAUAUACCUGCGAAGCUGAUGGCCAGAAGCUCACCUUCCAAGUCACAGUUGCCGAUGAAAAAAUUAAAGAAGUCUUUGUCAACAAGGAGAAGGUACAGAAGGACAUCAAGGCUGUAGCUUCAGACAACAUCUCUCUCAGUUGUGAAGUGGCCCAGGCCAAGACAGAAGUCAAAUGGUUCAAGGAUGGGAAAUUGAUCACCUCCAACAAAAAAUUCAAGGUAGAAGCAGAAGACAGAUCCCAUCAUCUGGUUGUCCAGCAGGUGGAGAAGAAAGAUGCAGGUGAAUACACCUGUGAAGCAGAUGGCCAGAUGCUGAACUUCCAAGUAACCGUAACAGAAGUUCAGGAGAUGUUUAGCAACAAGGAGAAGAUCCAGAAGGACUUCAAGGCUGUGAUUUCAGAGGAUGUCUCUCUCAGCUGUGAGGUGGCCCAUGCCAAGACAGAAGUCAAAUGGUUCAAGGAUGGGAAACUGAUUACCUCCAACAAGAAAUUCAAGAUGGAAGCAGAAGGCAAAUCCCGGAGUCUGAUUGUUCAACAGGUGGAGAAGAAAGAUGGCGGUGAAUACACCUGCGAAGCUGAAGGCCAGAAGCUCACUUUCAAAGUCACUGUAACAGAUGCAAAAGCUGAGGAGAUGUUUACCAACAAGGAGAAGAUCCAGAAGGAUAUCAAGGUUGUAGCUUCAGAGAAUGUCUCUCUCUGCUGCGAGGUGGCCCAGGCCAAGACAGAUGUCAAGUGGUUCAAGGAUGGGAAACUGAUCACCUCUAGCAAGAAAUUCAAGGUGGAAGCUGAAGGCAGAUCCCGGCGUCUGGUUGUCCAACAGGUGGAGAAGAAAGAUGGUGGUGAAUACACCUGUGAAGCAGAUGGUCAGAAACUCACCUUCAAAGUUUCAGUUGCAGAGGUUGAGGAGAUAUUUGUCAACCAGCAGAGGGUCCAGAAGGAGAUAAGGACUGUGGCUUCAGAGAACAUCUCUCUCGUUUGUGAGGUGGCCCAGACCAAGACAGAUGUCAAGUGGUUCAAAGAUGGGAAGCUGAUCACCGACCCCAAAAAGUUCAAAAUAGAAGAACAAGGUGGAUCCCGUUGUCUGGUUGUUCAAGAGGUGGAGAAGAAAGAUGCAGGUGAAUAUACCUGUGAAGCUGAUGGCCAGAAGCUCACCUUCCAAGUCACAGUUGCAGAUGAAAAGACUAAGGAAGUCUUUGUCAACCAGAAGAAGAUCCAGAAGGACAUAAGGACUGUGGCUUCAGAGAACGUCUCUCUCAGUUGUGAGGUGGCCCAAACCAAGACAGAUGUCAAGUGGUUCAAAGAUGGGAAGCUGAUCACUGACACCAAGAAGUUCAAAAUAGAAGAACAAGGUGGAUCCCGUUGUCUGGUUGUUCAAGAGGUGGAGAAGAAAGAUGCAGGUGAAUAUACCUGCGAAGCUGAUGGCCAGAAGCUCACCUUCCAAGUCACAGUUGCAGAUGAAAAAAUUAAAGAAGUCUUUGUCAACAAGGAGAAGGUACAGAAGGACAUCAAGGCUGUAGCUUCAGACAACAUCUCUCUCAGUUGUGAAGUGGCCCAGGCCAAGACAGAAGUCAAAUGGUUCAAGGAUGGGAAAUUGAUCACCUCCAACAAAAAAUUCAAGGUAGAAGCAGAAGACAGAUCCCAUCAUCUGGUUGUCCAGCAGGUGGAGAAGAAAGAUGCAGGUGAAUACACCUGUGAAGCAGAUGGCCAGAUGCUGAACUUCCAAGUAACCGUAACAGAAGUUCAGGAGAUGUUUAGCAACAAGGAGAAGAUCCAGAAGGACUUCAAGGCUGUGAUUUCAGAGGAUGUCUCUCUCAGCUGUGAGGUGGCCCAUGCCAAGACAGAAGUCAAAUGGUUCAAGGAUGGGAAACUGAUUACCUCCAACAAGAAAUUCAAGAUGGAAGCAGAAGGCAAAUCCCGGAGUCUGAUUGUUCAACAGGUGGAGAAGAAAGAUGGCGGUGAAUACACCUGCGAAGCUGAAGGCCAGAAGCUCACUUUCAAAGUCACUGUAACAGACAGAAAGGCUGAGGAGAUGUUUGCCAACAAGGAGAAGGUCCAGAAGGACAUUAAGGCUGUGGCCUCAGAGAAUGUCUCUCUCAGCUGUGAGGUGGCCCAGGCCAAGACAGACGUCAAAUGGUUCAAGGAUGGAAAACUGAUCACCUCCAGCAAAAAAUUCAAGGUGGAAGCUGAAGGCAGAUCCCGGCGUCUGGUUGUCCAACAGGUGGAGAAGAAAGAUGCAGGCGAAUACACCUGUGAAGCAGAUGGUCAGAAACUCAUCUUCAAAAUUACAGUUGCAGACGCUGAAGAGAUGUUUACCAACAAGGAGAAGGUCCAGACGGAUAUCAAGGUUGUAGCUUCAGAGAAUGUUUGUUUCAGCUGCGAGGUGGCCCAAGCCAAGACAGACGUCAAGUGGUUCAAGGAUGGGAAACUGAUCACCUCUAGCAAGAAAUUCAAGCUAGAAAAAGAUGGUAAAUCCCGGUGCCUGGUUAUACAACAGGUGGAGAAGAAAGAUGCAGGUGAAUACACCUGUGAAGCUGAUGGCGAGAAACUGAACUUCAAAGUCACAGUUGCAGAAGCUGAGGAGAUGUUUACCAACAGGGAGACGGUCCAGAAGGACAUCAAGGCUGUGGCCUCAGAGAAUGUCUCUCUCAGCUGUGAGGUGGCCGAGGCCAAGACAGACGUCAAGUGGUUCAAGGAUGGAAAACUGAUAACCUCCAGCAAGAAAUUCAAGGUGGAAACUGAAGGCAGAUCCCGGUGCCUGGUUAUACAACAGGUGGAGAAGAAAGAUGCAGGUGAAUAUACCUGCGAAGCUGAUGGCCAGAAGCUCACCAUCAAAGUCACAGUUGCAGAAGCUGAGGAGAUGUUUACCAACAAGGAGAAGAUUCAAGAGGACAUCAAGACUGUUCCUUCAGAAACUGUCUCUCUCAGCUGUGAGGUGGCCCAGGCCGAAACAGAAGUCAAAUGGUUCAAGGAUGGGAAACUGAUCACUGCCAGCAAGAAAGUCAAGGUAGAAACAGACGGUAGAUCCCGGCGUCUGGUCGUCCAACAGGUGGAGAAGAAAGAUGCUGGUGAAUACACCUGUGAAGCUGAUGGCCAAAAAGUUAACUUCAAAGUCACGGUUGCAGAAGCCCCGGUGUUAUUCGUGAAGAAGUUGGAGGCCAAAGUUGUAGAAGAGAAGCAGACGAUUGUGCUCGAAGUUGAGCUAUCCAAGCCGACCCCCGAGGUGAAGUGGACGAAGAACGCGAGUGCCCUUCACCCAACGGCCAACCUGGAGAUCCAGGCACAGGGGACGAAGCACUGCCUGGUGAUCAAGAGUGCAUCCUGCGACGAUCGUGGUUUUUAUUCCUGCGAGACCCUCCAUGACAAGACGCAAGCCAAGGUCACUGUAGACAUGCCUCACAUUGUGAAGUUUAUCAAGGGCCUCUCCAAGGUUGUGGCAGAAGAAGGCAAAGAGGCGGUUUUUGAAUGCACCGUUUCCCCUAGCGACACACCUGUAAAGUGGAGCCACCGCGGCACCCCGAUUGAAGCCAGCAAGAAAUAUGUCAUUUCUCAUCAUGAUGCCCAUCACAGCCUCACUCUCACUGACCUGACGGUACAAGACAGUGGGGAAGUCACAGCUGAAGCCGAGGGAGAAGAGAGUCGGGCCCACCUCCGAGUGGAAGAUGAAAAAGUUAAGGAAGUGUUUGUCAACAAAGAGAAGGUCCAGAAAGCUAUCAAGGCUGUGUCUUCAGAGAAUGUCUCUCUCAGUUGCGAGGUGGCUCAGUCCAAGGCAGAAGUGAAAUGGUUCAAGGAUGGGAAACUGAUCACUGUGAGCAAGAAAUUCAAAAUAGAAGCACAAGGUGGAUCCCGUUGUCUCAUUGUGCAACAGGUGGAGAAGAAAGAUGCAGGUGAAUACACCUGUGAAGCUGAUGGCCAGAAACUAACUUUCAAAAUCACAGUUGCAGAUAGAGAAGCUGAGGAGAUAUUUACCAACAAGGAGAAGGUCCAGAAGGACAUCAAGGCUGUGGCCUCAGAGAAUGUUUCCCUCAGCUGUGAGGUGGCCCAGUCCAAGACAGACAUCAAGUGGUUCAAGGAUGGGAAACUUAUCACUGCCAGUAAGAAAUUCAAGGUGGAAGCAGAAGGCAAAUCCCGGCGUCUGGUUGUUCAACAGCUGGAGAAGAAAGAUGCAGGCGAAUACACCUGUGAAGCUGAUGGCCAGAAGCUCACUUUCAAAGUCACUGUAACAGAAGCCGAGGAGAUGUUUGCCAACAAGGAGAUGUUUGAGAAGGACCUCAAAGUUGUGGCUUCAGAAACAGUCUCUCUCACCUGCGAGGUGGCCCAAGCCAAGACAGACGUCAAAUGGUUCAAGGAUGGGAAAUUGAUCACCUCCAACAAGAAAUUCAAGGUGGAAGCUGAAGGCAGAUCCCGGCGUCUGGUUGUCCAACAGGUGGAGAAGAAAGAUGGUGGUGAAUACACCUGUGAAGCUGGAAAACAGAAAUUGACCUACAAAGUUUUUGUUGAAGAAGCUCCUGAAGUCUUUACCAAUAAGGACAAAAUAAAGGAGGAAGUCAAGGCCGUCCUGAAGGAGAAUGCCAUUUUGACCUGCCAGGUAGCCACUUCGGACACUCAAGUGAAAUGGUACAAAGAUGGACAACCCAUCCUCAUCAGUAAAAACAUUAAGAUGGAGUCAGAUGGAACCACCCGCAAAUUGUAUCUGGAGCAAGUGGCGACCAAGGACGUUGGACAGUAUACCUGUGAAGCGGGUGGUCAGAAAGUGACCUUCAAGGUGGAAGUAACAGAACCAGAGGUCAAACUCCAAAGAAAAGUUGCUCAGGAGGAGACCAUUGUUGCUCAGGAGCACAAGGAGGUUGUCUUCUCCACUGUGGUAUCACCUGAGGAUGCUGAGGUCAAGUGGUUUAAGGAUGGAGUUGAGAUCCAAGAUGGUAAGAACUAUGUGGUUAAGAAGGACAAGGCGGCUAGGACCUUGAUUGUGAAGACGGCCGAAACCAAAGAUGCUGGUCUGUACACCUGCGAAGUUAAGAGUGAGAAACAGCAAUUCCAACUCAAGGUGGAAGUGAGACCCAUCAAACUGAUCAAAGGCUUGCAGCCAACAGAUGUUCAUGAGAAGGAAUCAGUAACUUUUGACGUGGAAUUGUCCCAUGAAGACGUGGAAGCAGUUUGGAUGAAGGAUGGUCUCCGUCUCAAGUCUCAGGACAACUGCCAGAUAUCCAUCCAAGGGAAGAAGCACUCACUGACACUCUCAUCCUUGACAUUGGAAGAUUCAGCUCUUAUUUCCUUCAAGGCUGAAGGAAUUCACACCACAGGCAGGCUUAAUGUGAAAGAACAAACCAUCAACAUUGUGAAGGAACUGAGAGACGUGGAGGUAGUGGAACCAGCCGAAGCACGCUUUGAGUGUGAAAUCUCCAUCCACUCAGUGAAGCCGCCCAAAUGGUCUCUCCGUGGGGAAGUGCUACAGAAGGGCCCAAAUGUCAUCCUAGAACAAGAGGGGAAAAUCCACCGGCUGAUCUUGAGGAAAACCAAUGUGGACAUGACAGGCACCAUCCAAUUUGCCAUUGGCAAAUCCAAAUCCUUGGCUGAUCUGGUAGUCAAAGACAUUCCAGUAAUCUUCACCAGACCUCUAGAAGACAAAACAGUCCUGGAAACCCAUUCAGUGGUUCUCUCUUGUGACUUCAAGCCAUCCCCAAAGGAGGUUGAGUGGUAUAGGAAUCACACGUUGCUGGAACCUUCUGAGAAGUUUAAGAUGAAGAGGGAGAAGUUCACAGCAGAGCUCAAAAUCCUGAGGUUGACCGUUGGGGAUACAGGUGUCUACCGAUGCAAAGCUGGAAGUGCAGAGACGAAAGCCACAUUGACCAUUUUGGAACGCAAAGUGGAGAUCACCAAACAUCUGCAGGAUGUGGAGGUUGACGAAGAGAGCUUGGCCACCUUCUCCUGCGAGUUGUCUGAAGAUUGUGAGGAUGUUGAAUGGUUCCUCAAUGAUACCCACCUCUUCCCCAACAACUUCAAUGAGAUAAAACAUUUGGGCAAGUCCCACAGCUUGACGCUGAAGCAUGUCACGCCAGAAGACAGUGGGACAGUGACCGUCAAGGUUCAGAAGAAGAUUUCUGAGAGCACCCGGCUGAAGGUGAAAGAGAAGCCGGCUGUCUUCAUGAAAUCUCUGGACGACAUGGUUGCUCAGGAAAGAAGCACCAUCACGCUGGAGUGUGAAGUCUCAAAACCGAAAGUGAAACCAGUAUGGAAGAAGGAAGGGGUGGAACUGACCCCAGGAGAUAAAUAUGAGAUGCUGCAAUCCGGGAAGACCCUGGGACUCACCAUCCGAGACCUCGGCAAGGAUGAUACUGGAUGGUACAUGUGUGACCUUGGGACAGAUGUCGCUAAAUCCAAAGUCAUCAUUCAAGAGCUGAAUAUCGGUAUUACAAAGCGUCUAAAGGGUGUUGAAGUGCAGGAAGGAGAAGGUUGUAGCUUCGAAUGUGUCCUCUCGCACGAGAGUCUGGAUGGUUGCCAGUGGCUGAUCAACGGGAAUGAAGUCAGCCAAGGUGACCGAUUCCGAGCCUUCAAUAAAGGAAGAAAAUACACCCUCACAAUCAAGAAAACCCUAGUGACCGAUGCCGGCGAAGUGGUGUUCUCCGUCCGUGAUUUAAAAUCCAAAGCGUCUCUUGUGGUGAAAGAAAAACCAGCUGAAUUCACAAAACAGCUGGAGAACAAGUCCACCUUGGUGGGAAGUGAAGUCAGCCUGAGUUGUGACUUGUCCAGAUGGGACAACAACCUGAAGUGGAAGAAGGACGGCAAGGAGAUUCGGAGGAGUCAAAAAUACGACCUGCGUCAGGAAGGCACCCGGGCGAUUUUAAUCAUCCAUGACACCACAGUGAAAGAUAGUGGAGAAUAUACCUGUGAGAUCGAAUUCUCCAAAACCAAAGCCACGCUAUCGGUGGAAGAAGCUGGAAACUGCUUUGUGAAGGAUCUUGAGGACUUGAAGGUGGAGGAGAACAAGAAUGCCACCCUCACUUGUGAAACCAAGAAACCAACUUCUUCUGUGACGUGGAGGAAAGGCAUCGUUGACCUUCAAGCCAGCCAGAAAUAUGAGAUCAGCCAAAAAGGAACUGUCUUGCAACUCCUCGUGAAGGACCUUAAAGAAAACGAUAGUGACAUCUACACUUGUGACAUUGGGGACAGCCAAUCCAGUGCAAAACUGGUGGUGCAAGGCCUGCCAGUAGUUUUUAACCAAGAACUGCAAAACAAGGAAGCCCAGGAAGGGAGUAAAGUCCGUCUUUCUUGUGAGCUUAACAAACCAGACGUUCCUGUGCAGUGGAUGAAGGGCAAUGUAGUCCUGGAAGCAGGGGACAAAUAUGACUUCAAGCAACGAGGUCCUGUGGCCGAGCUUGUCAUCCGAGAUGCAAAGCCGUCGGAUACAGGGGAAUAUAUUUGCAAAAGUGGUGACCUGAAGACCUCUGCACAGGUGGAGGUGACAGCAGCCCCUGCCGUUUUUAAGGAAGAGCUUAAGGAUGUGGAAAAGAAAGAGGGUGAGACGGUCGGUUUGCGCUGCACCCUCGCCGCGCCAGGGGUCACAGUGGCAUGGAAGAAAGGUGCAACUCUCCUUCGGGCGAGCGAGAAGUACGAGAUGAAGCAGGACGGCUGUGUGGCUGAGCUGCUGAUUCACCACGCGCAACCAGAGGAUGCAGGAAAAUAUACUUGUGAUGUGGGAGAGAAGCAGAGCACAGCUCAGAUCAAAGUCCACGCUACGCCCGUCAGUUUUAAAGAAAAGCUGAAGAAGGCUGAAGCUCUGGAAGGUGGAGUAGCUACUAUCCGCUGUGAGUUAAAUAAACCCGCUCCGGUGGAGUGGGUGAAAGGACAAAAAACUUUACGCCCAGGCAGCAAAUACCGAAUGAAGAAAGAGGGUGCCAUCGUUGAGUUGACAAUCCAUGACCUGGACCUGAAAGAUGCUGGAGAUUAUACCUGCAUUUCUGGAGACCAACAGACGACUGCAGUCUUAACCGUGAAUGCCGUGGCUGCACAAUUCAAAACUCAACUGAAAAACCAGGAGGUGACCGAAAGUGGAACCGCCACUCUGCAUUGCGAGUUGACCAAAGCUGUGGAUUUGGUCGUGUGGCUGAAGGAUGAAAAAGUACUGAAACCGAGCGAGAAGUACCGAAUGAGGUUAGAAGGACGCUUUGCUGAGCUGUCCAUCCAAGAUCUGGAAGUCCCAGAUGCUGGAAGUUACACUUGCAUGUGUGGGGACCAGAAGACCAAAGCAACUUUGAAAGUGAAUGCCCUGCCUGUGUUUUUCCAAGAAGAACUAAAAAACAAGGAAGUGACCGAAGGGGAAUCAGCCACUUUUCAGUGUAAGCUGAAUAAAGCAGCAAUUGUGGAAUGGUACAAGGGAUCUAAGCUGCUGAAACCGGAUAGAAAAUUCCAAUUAAAACAGGAAGGUUCUUGUGUUGAACUGGUGAUCCAAGGCUUGGAUGUCACCGAUUCUGGAGAUUAUACUUGCAAAUGUGGAGCCCAGAGGACUACAGCUAAAUUGACCAUAAAUGUCCUGAAACCUGAAUUCACGCAGCGGCUGAAGGAUGAGAAAGCAGAUGAGGGCAGCAAGGUCAGAUUACGUUGUGAAGUGACAGUCCCUAAAGCCCCAACAGAAUGGCGCAAAGACGGUGUAAGGAUUCACGCUAGCCCCAAAUAUGACAUCAGACAAGAUGGUGGCAUCCACAAUUUACUCAUUCAUAACCUGGAACCCCAAGACAGCGGCAAGUAUUCGUGCAUCGUUGGAGACCAAACCACGUCUGCCACGUUAUCUGUGCAAGCCAUCAAAGUUGAAUUCACGCAACAGUUGAACGAUGAGAAAGCGGACGAGGGAAGCACAGCCAGAUUACACUGCGAGGUCACAGUCACUAAAGCCCCUGUGGAAUGGUGCAAAGACGGUGCAGGAAUCCACCCUAGCCCCAAAUAUGAUAUCCAACAGGAUGGGGGCAAGCACGAGUUACUCAUUCAUAACUUGCAACUCCUAGACAGCGGCAAAUAUUCGUGUACCAUUGGUGACCAAACCACAUCUGCCACGUUAUCUGUGCAUGCUCUACCCGUGCGUUUCCAAGAAGAACUCAAAAGCCAAGAGGUAUUGGAAGGAAGAACGGCUGUUCUGCAUUGUGCAUUAAAUAAAACUGCCGUGGUGGAUUGGAGAAAAGACGCACAGGUGCUCCAGCCGAGUGCAAAAUACAAAAUCAAACAGAAAGAAAACGUUGCAGAACUCACAAUCCAGGACGUGACCGAAGAGGAUGCAGGAGAAUAUUCCUGCAUUUGUGAAGAUCAAACCACAUCAGCUUCUGUCACAGUGCAGGGUUUCAAAGUCGUCUUGAAGAAUCUCGAAGCUGCUGAAGAUGGGGCUGCCACACUGCGGUGUGAGCUGACCAAAACUCCUGCCCUUGUGAAGUGGUGGAAGGGCAGUGAGGCUCUGAAGCCCAGCAACAAAUAUGAAAUGAAACUGGAAGGUGCUGUUGCUGAACUGGUGGUCCACUGCUUGCAACUAGCCGAUACUGGGGAUUACAGUUGCACCGUUGGCGAUUCGAAGACUUCAGCUUUCUUAAGGGUGAAUGCCCUGCCAGUCAUUUUCACCAAAUCCUUAAAGGACGAAGAAGCUAUGGAAGGGAAAGAUGCUACUUUCCAGUGUGAGCUGAACAAAACCUCUGCUCCUAUAGAAUGGAAGAAAGGACACAAGAUCCUUAAGUCAGGAAGCAAGUAUAAAAUGAAACAAGAAGGAAAAAUUGCUGAAUUGGUAAUCCAGAACUUGGAAGUAGCAGAUUCUGGAAUCUAUGCUUGUAUAUCUGGAGAAGAGCAAACCACAGCAACUUUAGAAAUCAAGGCUCUGCCCGUUCUUUUCAAAGAAGGGCUGAAGAACCGGGAAGCUGUUGAAGAUGCCACCACUACUCUCCAUUGUGAGAUGUCUAAAGCUGGGGCUGAGGUACAGUGGAAGAAAGGAUCACAAACUCUAAAGCCAAGCGAUAAAUACAGAAUGAGGCAGGAAGGUCCUGUUGCUGAGUUGUUGAUUCGAGGUCUGAAGGUGGUAGACUCGGGAGAUUACUCCUGUUUGUGUGGAGAUCAGAAGACCACAGCAGUCUUGACCGUUCAUGCCAUUCCUGCAAGGUUCAAGAAAGGUCUGGAAAACCAAGAAGCUACGGAAGGUGGAACUGUUGCUCUCCGGUGUGAGCUGACAAAAACAGCUACGGUGGAGUGGAAAAAGAAACACAAGACACUGCGAGCAAAUGACAAAUACAACUUGAAGCAGGAAGGCCCUGUGGUAGAGUGUAUGAUCCAUAACCUUGAUCUUGGAGACGCUGGAGAAUACUCCUGUGUCUGCGGCGACCAGAAAACCACUGCGGCUCUGGCAGUCUGUGCCCUACCUCCCCAAUUCAAACAUGAAUUGAAGGAUGUGGCAGCCACCGAAAAUGAAACAGCCACAUUGCAUUGUGAGCUCACCAAAGCUGCUCCUGUGGAAUGGAUGAAGGACGGAAACAAAUUAAAAGGAGACAAAUACCAAUUCAUACAAGAAGCAGCUGCCGCCAAGUUGGUGAUCCGUGGUUUAGAAGUUGAGGACGCUGGACGUUACACCUGUAUUUGUGGAGACCAGAAAACUUCAGCUGCUUUGACAGUUAAAGUACUGCUCAAUAUAUUCAUCAAUGAUUUGGAUGAGGGGAAAGAUCGGAAUCUCAACGAAAUAGUAGAUGGCACUAAGCUAGCAGGAAUAGUCAACCUCCCAGCAGACAGAAAGAUCUUCACCAACGUGAACACAGCAAUUCAGUAUUUGGGGCCUAUGUUGUCACUGUCACUGAUGGAUCUGGUGGCUCUUGUAGAAGUGGACGUCACCAUCAUCCGGGGACUGAAAAGUGCAGAGGUUUUGGAAGAGGAAGAAGUCAUCUUUGAGUGUGAAGUCUCCCACGACAACGCGAAAGACGUAGAGUGGAAGUUGCAAGAUUUGUCGCUUCAAAGCAACCAGAUGAACGAGAUCUCAGUCGAGAGAGGACGGGUGCACAAAUUAACGCUCCGCAACGUCACCCAGCAGGAUUCUGGCACAGUCACCUUCCGGGUGGGACCGUACACCUCCACAGCGAGGCUCAGAGUGGAAGCCCCGCAUCCUGACUUUCAACAAGAACUGAGCAACCUAGAAUUGCAAGAAGGCAGCGCAGCUUUCCUGAAAUGUGAAGUAUCUAUGCUCAACGUCUCUGCCAUCUGGAAAAAAGGCUCGGAAGUCAUUGUUCCCAGCGCCAAGUACGAAAUCAGUCAGCAGGGAACGACCCAUAUUUUAAAGAUUUAUGGUGUAACUCGAAGAGAUUCUGGAAAAUAUAUCUGCGACAUUGGCCAUGGGAGAAGCAUGGCCACAUUAUCGGUGGAAGCCCUUUCAGCUCGUCCAGCUCUUUUUCAAGUCCAGCUGGAGAACCAGGAAGUCAAGGAAGGGGCAACCAUCACCCUGGCCACUGCGCUUACAAAACCCGAUGUGCCCAUCCAGUGGAUGAAAGGCUCUGCCCAGCUGCAGCCAAGUCACAAGUACGAGAUGAGGCAAAAGGCAUCUUAUGUGGAGUUGCUAAUCCAUGAUGCGCAAGUGGAGGAUGCAGGCCACUAUACCUGUCAAACCGAGGAUCAAGAGACCACUGCCUCUGUGCUUGUCAAAGAAAUACCAGCCACCAUUGAAGAAGAAUUGAAAGACCUCACCGUUCUUGAAGGAGAGGAUGCUGUAUUUCGCUGUGUGAUUUCUCGCGAGAAGGCCAAAAACCUGCAAUGGAGCUUGGCAGGUGUGCCUCUGCAAUCCAAUGAAAUGAAUCAAAUUGGUGUGGAAGGCAAAAUUCACACUCUUAUUCUCCGAAAAGUCACCCUUGAAGACUCCGGCACUGUCAGUUUCCAAGUUGGUCAGAAUUCAACACAGGCUCAGUUAUUGGUGCAAGUUGCACCGGUAACCUUCCUAAAAAAGCUGGAGAAUGCAGAAGUAGCCGAAAACGGCAUGGCAACCUUCCGCUGUCAGCUUUCCAAACCUGGGAUCCCAGUGGAGUGGAGAAAGGGAUCGUCCCUAAUCCAGCCCAGCGAGAAGUUUGAAGUCAAGACUGAAGGCAAUGCCUACAUUUUGAUCAUCCAUGAUGUGGCCCCAGAAGACUCAGGAGACUAUAUCUGCAGUGCAGCUGACAAGAAAACCACUGCUAAGCUAAAAGUUAAAGCUCUGCCGGUGCUCUUCAAAAGAGGUCUGCAGAACAAGGAAGUUGAAGUAGGGAACACUGUGUCGUUGUGUUGUGAGUUGUCCAAGCCGAUGUCACCUGUGGUGUGGAAAAAAGGAAACACGAAGCUUCAGUCGAGUGAGAAGUACGAGAUCAGGCAAGAAGGGAACUUUGCCGAGCUUCUCAUUUAUGACCUGGAAAUUCAGGACGAUGGCGACUAUACCUGUGACUCAGGAGACCAGCAGACCACUGCCACAGUGAAGGUCAAAGUGCUACCCGUAUUCUUUGAAGAAGGGUUGCAAAACAUUGAGUCAGAAACCGGAGGGAAAGCCGUCCUGUGUGGCAAGAUCUCAAGUCCCAACACUCCCGUCGAGUGGCGGAAAGGGUCCGUCAUUCUGCAGCCCAGUGCCAAGUACGAGAUGAAGCAAAAAGGCCCCACGGUUGAGCUGAUCAUCUAUGACUUGGAACCAGAGGACUGUGGAUCAUAUACAUGCAGCACUGGAGACGAGCUGUCCACGGCCUCGGUAUAUGUACAAGAAGAGGAAAUACAGAUAGUUUCUGGUUUAAAGAACAUGGAUAUUUUUGCCGGGGAAUCAGCUACUUUUACCUGCGAGCUCUCCCGAUCUGGAACACAAAACCCACAGUGGUGGCUGGACGGCUCCCCUCUUCACAACAGCACUGCAAAUGAAAUCUCGGUGCACGAUGGAACCACUCACAAGCUGAUCUUAAAAGACCUGGGUCUCAAUGAUUCAGGAACAGUGAUCUUUCGAAUGGGUUCUCUGAUAUCCUCAGCUAAAUUAUUAAUCAAAGAUCCGACCAUUGAGGUGGUCAGCCCCAUGCAGGACCUAACUUUGGAAGAAGAUGGGACGGCGGAAUUCAUCUGCCAGUAUUCUCGGCCAGUGGAGGCCGUCUGGAAGAAGGAUGAUCAACCUCUUUGGGGAGAUGGCCAACGAGUUGUGGUUGAGCAGGACUGGAACGUGGCCAAAUUGAAAAUCAAGCCGGCUCUUCCUUGUGACACGGGGAUUUACUCUUGUGAAGCCGGAGGGACCAAAGUGGUGGCCAUGCUUGACGUUCAAGCCAAGAAUACAGUCAUCCAGGGCCUGGAGAAUGUGGAUGCGAUGGAAGGAGGGGAAGCCCUCUUUGAGUGUUAUCUUUCCAAGCCAGAAAUCUACAAUUAUAACUGGCUAAUCGAUGAUGUGCCGGCAAAAACAUCAGAAAACGUGGAACUGGUUUAUUUUGAAAACGGGCUUCGCCAUCUUCUGCUUCUGAAGAACCUCAAAGUCCAAGACAGUUGCAGGGUGACCUUUCAAGCGAGCGAUGUGGUCACAUCUGCUUUCUUGACUGUAAAAGGAUGGAGACUGGAAUUCUUGCAGCCACUGACAGAUGUCACCGUCCGUGCCGGGGAACAAGCCAUCUUCAGCUGCGUGUUAAGUGAAUCAGUGCCCAUCCAUGAGAUUGCCUGGUAUCUUAAUGACGUAGAUAUCCAACUGGAUGAAAAUUGGAGAACUGAAGCUGAAGCAAAUACCUACAAACUCAUCCUAAAGAAAGCUCAGCUUCUACAUUCUGGGGAGAUAACCUUCGCUGCCAGAGAUGCCAUUGCGUCUGCAAAAUUGACUAUCAUAGAACCUGUUGAAGUCACUCAGCCUUUGGUUGACCAGUCUGCCACGCAAGGAGAGAAGGCCAAGUUGCAGUGUGAAUUGUCCAGUGAGACCCAAGAGGUGAUUUGGGUCAAAGGGAAAGAACCGAUCCAACCAGGAGGAAGAUAUGAAAUCAUCUCCGAAGGCAAAAAACAGACACUCAUCAUACACGAUUUUAAAUCUGAAGAUCAAGGAUCCUACACCUGCAUCGCCUCACCUGAAAUCAAAACUUCUGCCAAUCUUUCGAUUGACGCUCCAAUCUUCAUCACUGAGCUUCAAAAUCAAGAGGUGCAGGAUGGUUACCCGGUCAGUUUCGAUUGUGUGGUGAUUGGCAAGCCAAUGCCAACUGUCCGGUGGUUUAAAGAUGGCCGCGUUCUUGAAGAGGAUGACCACUACAUGAUCAAUGAGGACCAGGAAGGAUGUCAUCAGCUGAUCAUCACUGCGGUGGUCCCUCUUGACAUGGGGGUCUACCGCUGUGUGGCUGAAAACAGCAUGGGGGUGUCUUCAACAAAAGCUGAGCUACGAGUGGAACUAACCAGCACAGACUAUGAUACAGCUGGAGAUGCAACGGAGACCUCCUCGUACUACAGUGCCAAAGGUUACCUGUCCAGGUUUUUUCCCUUUGGAUUUUCUUUGCAGUUGACAGUUUCUCCAGUGUCGAUGUUGAAAGAAAUUGUUGAGGAAGCACAAAUCUCUAAAGAGUCAAUGAAGGUAACGGAUGAAGAGGUUCAACCCAGCUUGCCACCUGAAGCCGCUCAGGAAGGGGACCUCCAUCUUCUAUGGGAAGCUCUGGCCAAGAAGCGGAGGAUGAGUCGCGAGCCGACCUUGGAUUCAAUCAGUGAACUGCCCGAAGAAGACGACAAGCUUCAGAAGAGGAAGAAGGAGGAAAUGGAGAUAACCCAGUACUACUCCGAGGAAUACUCUACUUGCGACGAAUCUGCAAAAGCUGGAGAAGCAGAUUUCUCCAUCACAAGUUCAGAUGAUGAAUCCAGAGCCGGGACACCUUCCUUAAUCACCUACCUUAAGAAGGCUGGAUCAACUACGGUGAGUGUCAGUCGCAAAGUUGUAGAGAAAGUAGCUCAAGGUCAGCAGAAGGUCAGUGAGGAACCAUCUCCUCCUGCAGAGUCAACUGAAUUUGAGAUCACCGAAGGCGACUUGGAGGACCCUUCCAUGUCUCAAGCGGCCGUCAAAAUCCAAGCUGCCUUCAAAGGUUACAAAGUGAGAAAGGAAAUCAAACAGCAAGAACGUCCGGUCUUUGCUGAGACCUUCAAGGACUUUGUCGGCAAGAUAGGAGACACCCUCCAUCUGGAGUGCACGGCCCACAGCAAAACAGACAUGACAGUCUGUUGGCUGAAAGACGGGAAUGAAAUUAAGGAUGGGCGGCAUUAUCACAUAGACAAUUACAAUGAUGGGACCUGUUCCUUAAUUAUCGCCGGUCUGGAAAUGAACGACAAGGGCAAGUAUGCCUGCGAAGCCUCCAAUAAAUUCGGCAAGGUCACCCACAGUGCCAAGGUGACCAUCCAACCUCAAGCACCUUCUCGCAAAUCGAAACCCACCAAGAAGCUUCCUGACAGCGAAUCAGAGAGCUCGUCUGGCAGUGAAUUGGACGAUGCUUUCCGUAAAGCCGGACGGAGGCUCCACAAGUUGUUCAAGUCUAAAGUCUCCACCGAGAUCUCCGACGUCGACGAGGAAUUGUUUGUCAGCGCGGACGAGGGAGAGAUUGAGGCAGUGGAUCGUCAGACCUACCGGGAAGACGAACGCUACAUCUACAUCAAGUUUGAAGUUCACUCAGAGGCCAAAACAGCUGCGGUCCGGUUUCGGGAGAUGUUUGCCGCUUUGGGUAUUCCUGUUGAGAUUGACAUUUUGGACCAGGGUCCUAAAAAGAUAGAGUUGCGUAUUGGGAAAGCUGCUUCACCUCCUGCGGGACAGUUGCGGACUUUGGUUCAACGGCCACCGCCUACUUUGCUGACCUCUGAUACUGCGCACCGAGAACGAUCAUUCAGCCGGGAACAAGAAGGAGUGGAGUCAACAACAGAAGAGGAACAGUUGCCUCAAAUCAUGGAUGAACUUCACGAUAUUCACGUGGCGCCUGGAGCCCCUGUUGCCAAAUUCCAUUUAAAAGUGAAAGGUUUCCCUGAGCCCCGUCUCUAUUGGUUCAAAGACGGUCAGCCGUUACACACAAGCGAUCAUCUCCAAAGGACAGACAGCCGCGAAUUUCACGCUCUGGAAGUUCUGCAGGUCACCAAAGAGGACGAUGGCCAAUAUUCUGUCUUCAUCACCAACUCUGCUGGGUCUGCGUAUUCGUCAGCCAGGCUCAUAGUCAAAGGACCAAACCCACCAACCCAAUCCCCUGCCCAAGACAUUUGUGAACAGCUGGUGCCACCGAGAUUCCUGGAAAGAUUUACCAACAAGAAAGUGAGGAGAGGGGCCAGCAUCACCCUUUCAGUAAAGGUGGAAGGGACUCCAUCACCCUCCGUAACAUGGUUGAAGGAAGAAUCUCAUGGUGAAGACAUCCUCUGGAUCAGGUCGGACACUCCAGGUUAUAAACUGGCUAGUUCCAAUAUGCAGCACAGUCUGAUCUUAUUGGAUGUAGAAAAAACCUACAGUGGAAACUAUACUUGUAUCGCCUCCAAUCAGGCUGGUCAAUCUAUCUGCAGUGCUUCAUUGGAAGUUUUGGAUGUGAAAGAGGCUGAGUCUCUGACACAGGAGCGUGUGAUGGUGACAGAGGCCAUCAUGACGUCAAUUGGAGCUCAAGCUUCUGAAGCUAGAAAAGGGGAGCACAUGGAAGGAGAAGCAGUUCGGAGUCAGAUUUCUCUAACUGAAGUGGGAACCGAGGAAUUUCUGCAGAAACUGACAUCUCAGAUCACAGAAAUUGUAUCUGCAAAGAUAAGUCAAGGUAAUGGAGGUUCGAGUGAACUAAAUGCAGGAAAACCCUUGAAAAUAUUGGGUUUGGGGCUCCUUAUCAUUCAAGACCUGUUGGCCACGGAAGAGGAAUACGUCAAGGAUCUUCUGUUCCUCCAAACGCACCACAUCCAGUUCACAGAGACUUGUCCUGCCGUUCCUGUUGUUGUGUCCAACCAGAAGCCCGUUAUUUUCAGAAAUAUUACUGACAUAACGCACUUCCAUUCCAACACCUUCUUCCCAGAGCUUCAGAAGUGUGACACAGAUGAUGAUGUGGCCAUGUGCUUCCUUAAAAAUGAAGCCGAAUUUGACAAAUACAUCACCUACUUGGUAGGCCGGAUUCAAGCCGAGUCCAUUGUGGUCAGCAAGGCAGUUCAGGAGUUUUAUAAGCGAUACUCUGAGGGGACAUUGGCCAGUGAGGAUCCUUCCCUCCCACCGAUACUCCCUCUGCAACACUAUCUAGAGAGACCCAUAAACCGGAUCCAGAAAUAUCAAACAACAAUCAAGGACAUGAUCCGAAACAAAGCAAGGAACACUCAAAACUGUGCCCUUCUGGAACAGGCCUACGCCAUUGUUUCUGCACUCAACAGGCGAGCGGAAAACAACCUUCAUAUUUCUCUCAUUGAGAACUACCCUGGAACUCUGGAAAUCUUAGGGGAACCCAUUCGGCAGGGACAGUUCAUUGUGUGGGAAGGUGCUCCAGGGGCACGCAUGGCUUGGAAGGGACAUAAGCGCCACGCCUUCCUCUUCAAGGGUUACCUGCUCGUGUGCAAGCCAAAACGAGACACGAAGAUGGAUACUUACAGCUAUAUUUUCAAGAACAUGAUGAAGCUAUCUCACAUCGAUGUGAAUGACCUGAUUGAAGGAGAUGACCGGGCGUUUGAGAUCUGGCACGAACGGGAAGAUUCGGUCCGGAAGUAUCUGUUCCAGGCGCGCACCGUUAUCAUCAAAAACUCAUGGGUGAAAGAGAUCUGUAGUAUUCAGCAACGGAUCAGUCUCCCAUUAUGGGAUGCACCUGAUUUUGAAGAGGAACUGGCGGACUGUACAGCGGAACUGGGCGAAACUAUCAAGCUAGCCUGCCGAGUCACAGGAACCCCUAAACCAGGCAUCUCCUGGUAUAAAGAUGGGAAACCAGUUGAAGUGGAUCCUCACCACAUCAUCAUAGAAGAUCCCGAUGGGUCCUGCACAUUGAUCCUUGAUAAUCUGACCGGAGUGGAUUCAGGGCAAUAUCUGUGCUAUGCAUCUAGUCCAGCUGGCAGUGCCAGCACCCUUGGGAAAAUUCUUGUCCAAGUGCCUCCUCGGUUUGUGAACAAGAUGAAACAUGCCUAUUACGCCAAUGGUGAAGACGCACAGUUUACUUGCACCAUCGAAGGGGCACCGUACCCCCAAAUCAGGUGGUAUAAAGAUGGGAACCUCCUCACUGACCCAAACAAGCACCAGAGCUUCAGUGAGCCACGAAGUGGUGUGAUUGUCCUGGUUAUCAAAAACGCCAGUGAGGAUGAUGAAGGUCUUUAUGAAUGUGAGUUGAUAAACAGGUUGGGGAGCGCGAAGGGAGGCGCACAGCUCUACCGCCAAACCACAACAGCCUUGGCCCCAGAGAAGAGACCUGAGCAGGCGAUAACAAUAGAAGUCACUGAACAAGAAACUAAAGUGCCUAAGAAAACCAUCAUCAUAGAGGAAACCAUCACCACCGUCGUGAAAAACCCAAGAACCAAACGGAAGCCAUCUCCAGCCCGUCCGUCUUCCAGCUACGCUCCUCGCUCUCCAGGCUCAGAGUUUGCAACAUCGGAGCCAAUUUAUGUCAGCAAGAUUAGGCAACCUGGUCCCAGGCAUGACCCUGAAGGAGUAGGGAAGACCACCAUUCCUACUCUUUUUGUGACAGACCCUCAGGAGAGGCAAGGAGUUGCAGGCCGGAGUAUCAGCGUAGAAACUCCUCUGGAUGAACAGCGUAAAUGGGUGGAAGUGGAAGAAAUAAUUGAGUUUAAUGUGCAGAAACCAACCCAGAUGUCAAGGAAAAGAGGUGCAUCCCCCGGGCGAUCCGAGAAGGAGGAAUUUGUGUCAGGUUAUUCUCGGCCCACCACGAGACCCAGGCGUUCCUCUGAAGAUGACCCAAAUGUGAAUAAUUCCAACAACAAACAAGUUGAGCAGGUUGAAUCUCCCAUCUCCCGAGAUGUUCAAAGAUCUGGAGAACCAUCAGGGAACGAAAAUGAAAGCCCUCGUGUGGAGCUAGAAGGAAAGUCACACCUUCAUGAAUCCAGAAGCUGGAUUGACUCAUCUGGGACUACCGUGGUUGAAACAUCUCAGAUGGGCCAUUCCCAAGAUGAGGACUAUGUUGUGGAGGAGUCUUCUCCAGAAGACGAGACUCUUCCAGAUCAAAAAACGACAGUAUAUGGCCCCAAUCGGGGAGACCUAUCCGAUCUUGGCAAUCGGGAAGUAAAAAUCCUUACCCGGAAUGGGAAAGCAUUAACUUUGGAGGACCUUGAAGAUUACGUCCCUGAAGAAGGAGAGACCUACAGAUGCAGCCGUCUCAAUUCCGAAGAAGAUAAGCCUUGCGAGAUAGCCGUUCUCCAGACCGAGAUCAACAAGCCCACCAUUGGCAAACCAGUAUUACUGAACGUCGGAAGACCUGUGGCCUCUAAACCCAGGCAAACCUUCUUUAGCAAAUUUGAAGGCCAUCACCCUGGAAAUAUCUUCAUGUCGGCAUCCAGAGUGACCGAAACGCAACCUAGAGAUCCCACCAAUGUUUCUUUCCAGAUUGGCGAGUCCCACCGACCCACUUUCUUCACGCAGGUCCAGUUGUCCCCGGAGAGUGCUGAAUCGCAGGCGCCUGCUGGCAAAACCAGAGAAAGUGACACCUUGUCCAGUGAAGCAGACAUCAUUCCCCGAGAUGAAAGCGUUUGUGAAUGCACUGUUCCCUCUGCCAAGGUCCUCGAAAUGAUGGCGGAAGUGCCGUGGUUCAGGAAAGAAAGAACAGAGGACAUUUUGGAUUUAACCGGUGAAGCCGCCGAGGGCAUCGCGGAGAGGAUCUAUGUCGAUAAAAAAGGAGAAAAGAGUGUCACAAGUCCACCAUACAUGCAGGUGCCCCUUGAAGAUGUCCAGGUUCGGUCUGGGGAAAUGGCCAAGUUCCAGGCCAUCAUUGAAGGCAAUCCUCAACCGGCUGUCGGAUGGUUUAAGGGAAUUUCCUUGUUGCUGGACAGCGAAAGGAUCUACCAGUCCAGUGAAGGGACGAGCUACUCUCUGACCCUCUACAACGCUCGGGCCGAAGAUGGAGGGGUCUAUGCUUGCAUGGCUAAAAAUGCUGGAGGGGAGGUGGUCUGCAAAGCAGAGCUGGUGGUGCAGGAAGACAAGAAAAGCCAAGAGGCAAAGGAGAGAAGCCCACGAAGGAAACUUCAUUCUUUCUAUGAGGUUAAACAGGAAAUAGGAAGGGGUUCCUUCAGCAUUCUCAAGAGAGUCAUCCAUAAAGCCAACCGCGUGGCUUGUGCGGCGAAAUUCAUCCCGUUGCGAAGUCGAACGAGAGAACUGGCUUAUCGGGAGAGAGAUAUUCUAGUCCAGCUUUCCCAUGAUCGAAUUACUCAAUUACUGGACCAGUUUGAAACACGGAAGACCUUAAUUCUUAUUUUGGAACUGUAUCCUUUUUGUUUUAUGCCUCAGUUCUUUUCCACACUGACGUUCCUUCUGUAUCUACUUCUACAGCCCUCAAACAUUUUGAUGGUCCACCCUGACAGGGAUGACAUUAAGAUCUGCGACUUCGGCUUUGCCCAAAGGAUAAAUCCAUCGGAGCCUCAGCACAGCACUUACGGAUCCCCAGAAUUUGUCCCACCAGAAAUACUGUCCAGGUCCCCAGUGUCGACGGCAUCGGACAUCUGGCCAGUUGGGGUUAUUAGCUAUUUAAGCUUGACCUGCAAAUCUCCCUUUGCUGGGGAAAAUGACCGAGCAACCCUGCUUAACGUCCAGAAUGGGAUCAUUUCGUGGAAUAAGUCUGAUUGGGAUCAUUUGAGCAAAGAAGCCAAGGGUUUUAUUGAAAAAAUCCUUCAGUCAGCUCCUGGAACCAGGCCAAGUGCGAUGGAGUGCCUCUCUCAUCCUUGGUUUUCUCACAAACCCACACCUGAAGAGGGUCAUUUUAUCGAGACAAAACCGCUCAACUUUUUUGUAUCCCGAAGCAAAUGGCAGCGGUCUCUUAUGAGCUAUAAGUCGUUGCUCGUGAUGAGGCCCAUCCCAGAAAUUCUGGAAAAGCAUCAGAAGAACACCUCGCUUGGCGUCUCCCGACAACUGGUCGAAGAGAGCAGUUCCUCCAGCACCAGUGGGUCAUCUUCGGACAAUGAAAUUUUGGUCUCUUCUGGAAAAAAACCUUUCGGAACCAUUCCAGAGGUUCAUCUAUCUGUGCUGGAAGGCUCAAUCAAUCAAGAAGACAACGUAUUUGAAGUUUUGAAGUCCAAACUUCCUGAUGACUCCAUGCCACCCAUCAAAACCAGAAGGUUGAAGGAACCUUCGGCCAAGGGACAACCUUCCCAAGAACUAGAAAUCUCUGAGGCUGACGCCCAUGGAAGAACAUUGUUUGAGCUGGCUUCGUUGCAAGAUCAAACUGGAUUGUUGCCUCCAGAAGAAGGAAGAAUAGAACGAUCUCCAGGUUGUGUCCCGAGACACAGCGUCAUCAAAAGUACUUUUUAUAGCCACCCAUCGGAAAAUCUGACCGAUUUCCCUUCCUCUCCAGGAAAAGGGCAAAGAAAACAGUUAGAAAAAGCUAAGAGAUCUUACAGGAAAGCCGGUUACUCAAAGUCUGCUUUAACCGGUCUACGGGAACCCUUGCUAGAACAGUUUGAACUUGGUGGAGAAGGAGGACCAUUGGCGGAUGCAGUAUUGGGGAAGGAACGAGAAGGAAGUUAUGGACCCCCAAUCACCAAGUCAGCUUCUUUUGAUACUGCUCAGAAAUCUCCCAAGGUGACUUUCCAGGUAUCUGCCAGGAGCCGUUCUUUGGAUGACUACAGAAUAAGAGCUGGGAGCUUCGCUGAGGAGCAGGAGAUCGCAGAAGAAGACUUGGACACCAUGCUGCAGGGUAGUCCGGCAGAAGGAACUCACGUGAGGGACGAAAAAACAUCAGCAGCAAAAGCUAGGGAGGGUUUUUCUGAAGAACACCCGAAAUUAGUCCCACUGGAUGACAAGGAAAGAUCCAAGUUGGGCCUUCAGCAGGACAAGAAGGCCUUGAUUUUGGCACGGGGCUCUGAAAAAGAGGAAGAUUUACUUCAGAAAACGAAGGUGCCACAUUUUGUGGGAAAAUCUCCUCAAGGCAGAGAAGAUCUGAUUCUAGAAGCUCAGACAUCUGGGUUGGCUUCAAAAACUGGCAUUGGGGAGGAGCAGACAUCCAUGUCUUCCCCUCACAGGGAUGGACGAACACCAAGUUCUCCCAAGAGUAUUGAAGGAUGUCACCCUCAGCAAGGAGGAAGUCUUCAUCUUCUGAAAUCUUCUGUUCCUUUGCCCAUCCCCCAUGUUCAGGCUGAGAAACAGCUUGCUGGUGCUCCAGACCUACGGACUGUGCCAGUGUGUGAAGGCCAUCCAUCCUUUAUUUAUCCUGGGACACAAAUGGUGGAGAGUAGAGGUUUAGGUCCUCCUAUUUUGCACCCUGACAUUUCUGCCUCCUCUACCCUUGAGGAACAGCAGAUCCCACCCCAGAAGCCCCCAGGAUCCCGCUUGGCCAAGUCAGCCCUGCUAGAGAAGAAAGGUCUGGAGAAGGUGGACAUCCCUCAAGCAAAAAUGGCCACACCUUCAAUCUCUGAGAGUGCAAAGCAGAAGCCUUUACAUCAGUUGCCCGUUGCACACCUGGAAAGGAAGCUACCUGUUGCAAAAGGUGAAGGUCCCGUUCAUCCAGAAAUUGUCGCUCUGGGAGGGAGCCAGCACCCGUCACAACGAGAGUCUCCUCUUUACAGAAAACCGUCUCCUACUACCCCAAGAAGUUCUGCUGCUCUGAGGCAAGGCUCUUCCCAACCAGGGUCCACCCCAGAACCCAUGCUUCAUGGAGAAAUCCAGAUGGCCUCACUUCCAAAGUCCUCUGCUUACCCAGAAGGAGAGGUUGCUUAUCUCAGAGAGGUUCAGCGUGCUCCUCAAGCCCAAGCAGACCUGAUGUCCUUCUUUGAAGCUGAGAAGUAUGAGCUCCACCACCUGCCGUCUGCUCCUGGUGAGGCCCUCAAGGGCCAAACACCCGCCGUUGCAGGCUUUUCCCAAGCGAAAAUGAGGCCGUUUGCAACCUCUGGAGAAAAAGUCUCCGUAACUCAAAUGAAAAGACCGUAUUCCAUUGGAGAAGACAGAAGCCAUGGGCAGAGACUUUACAGGGACUCAGAGGCUCACGUUCUGGAGAACUUAGUGGAGCAGAUGGCUUACCAAUCAGAAGCAACACCUCCUUGGCCAGAGACACCCCAGGAGGAAAUGCUCCAUCAAAUGCCACCUGGCCAAGUGGUGAGACCGAAAAGCAGGUACCUAGUGCGCAGAGGCAAGAGAGAAGGUGGCAUUGGCCUAGCAGAUCCUUCAGAAGCUGACAUCAUCUACCCUGGAGAAGAAGACUAUUUCAGCCUUCAGUCUUACCUGGGCAAGAAAGCCAGGAUGUCUUCUUCUUACGAAGGCUUGGAUUAUCCAGGAAGUAGUCGGAUGUAUGAAAUUGCCCUCGUGCAGAUCCAGGAUCUCUCGGCGAUGCCCCGUCGUGACAGCAAGACCUCCAAAUUUGAUAUCACGGAGGUGGAACCAGCUUUCCUCAACCUUCAUGAACUCUACGACAUUGUCUACUCUCCGUUCGAGUUCCUGAGUUUCAGGAAAGCUCCUGAGAAUUUGCCCAGCAAAAGGCCACCUGGAUCCAAACUCCCUUCUCAGCAGGAGAAAAAAAUGGGUCUCAGGGAGGAUCAUUUGCCUGAGGUGGCCCUCAAGGAACAUUCUGGAGAAGAAGAGACAGGUGCCCUCAAAAUGGAGGUGGGCCCCGAAGCAGCCAUAGCACCGAGGAUAGGGAAGAGGUCUGACUCGGAAGGUGAUCUACCGAUGGGGUCCCAGUAUGAUCUCCCAUCAGAUCCAAGGAGGAAGAGGAAGAGUUCUCUCCAGAGUGCCUUAGGACUUUUCAAGCCGGUUUCCCGCUCUCAGUCCAUGGAGCAUGUGGAGCUCAGUCUGAGGAAGAGGAUGAAGGCAUCUGUAGCUCAGUUCUCGAAGAUGUUGACCAGGAAACUGUCCAGUGAAGACACCAGAACAGCCUCUGAGGAAGUCAAGAGCGAGCAAGCUGAGAGGACCUCCCUGACGGAGCCUUCUCCAACUUCCAAGAAGAAAAGGAUGUUCUCCGCAUUCACCUUGCCAAGCCUCAAGACCAAGGACAAAGGACCUUCUUUCACAGAAGAUCUCACUGACCAGACAGUCGCCAUCGGACAAUCCCUGACCCUCUCCUGCCGGACCUCGCCUCACUCCUUCUCCAGCAUCGAAUGGCUCAAAGACGGAACAGCAAUUUGCAGCACGGAUCGGAUCCUGAUUUCUUCGACUCUAAAACGGUUCCAGCUUUUAACCGUGUUAUCGGCUACAGUGGCGGACUUUGGCGUGUACACCUGUAAGGCUACUAGUUCCCACGGUGCCGUUUCCACCUCCUGCACCAUAAGGAAAGCAGUUCUUGAAGAUGGUGUACGGCUGGCCUGGGAAGCGAUGGAACUCACCGACCCAGUGACUUACACCGUUCUGUGCAAGAAGAAUGAUGGAGAGUGGAAAACCCUGGUCAGUGACAUCCAGGAUUGCUGUUACACGGUGGAGCACCUUCCUCGGGGUUUGGUCUACUCCUUUCGCAUUGCCUGUGUGAGCCCGGCCGGCGUGGGUCCCUACAGCUACCCAACUCCCAAAGUGAAAAUUGGUGAAGAAGAUCAAGCAGCUCAGGAGGAAGAGAAUCGGAUGGCAGCUCCACCAACACACCAGACCUAUGCCUUCCAGACCGAGAUUAAAAGGGGCCGCUUCAGCAUCAUCAAACAAUGCCGGGAAAAAUUCAGCGGGAAUCCAUUGGCUGCCAAAAUCAUCCCGUAUCAGCUGGAAGAGAAAGACGCCAUCCUACAGGAAUACCAGAUCCUAAGGAAACUACACCACACAAACGUAGGGCAACUGCAGGGUGCCUAUGUGAGUCCACGCCACCUUGUGCUGAUUGUCGAACUCUGUGUGGGGCCCGAGCUGCUUCAUGCCUUAGCUGGAAGGCCUUCUUACUCAGAGGUGCAGGUCAGGGAUUACCUGUGGCAGAUUCUCAGUGCCGUCGAGUACCUUCACAAGCAGGGCAUCUUGCACCUGGAUCUGCGGUCUGAAAACAUGGUGAUUGUUGAGCCCAACCUGUUGAAACUUCUGGACUUCGGCAACGCCCGGUUCUACACGCCCGACCAAGUCAUUACCGUGGAUGGUUGCACGGAUUAUGUAGAAACCAUGGAACUCCUGUCAGAGAAGGGAGCCCUCCCGCAGACGGACAUCUGGGCGAUUGGCGUGACGGCUUUCAUCAUGAGGAGGCCCACAGCCACGGAAUGUCUCCAGUCCUCGUGGCUCCAGGAGACCGGUUUGGAUGAGCACCAACAAGCCACGGUGACUUUCUCCACCACCAAGCUGAGAAAUUUUGUGGCCGAACGCGAGAGGAAAAGAGCGCUCCUCUGUUCAAAGUACGGAGUGAUGGCUGUGUAG